AUGGAGUUUACUGGCCUGCAUUCAACUUUCUCACAGAAUAACGAGCCCAGCCUGUUUGAUUCCCCUGCAGAGCGGUACCUGAAGGCCAGGCAGAGCGUUCAGCGCUUCACGGUUGCUCAGCUUGGACUGGCGAUAUUCUCAAAUGAAAAUUCAAACAAGUAUGUGGUGCACGCAUACAACUUUUUUCUCUUUCCUUCAACACUGGGAGUUAUGGAUGCCGAAUUCAGCCUCUCUGCACAUAGCAUUCAGUUCCUGACUCAUUAUGGCUUUGACUAUAAUAAGUUCCUGAAAGAUGGAAUCCCGUACAUGAACAAGGCACAGGAGAAGAUCUUUACCCAGUGUCUCUUAGCAGGUAGCUGGAAAGUGAGCAGUGCUCUGGACAGGGAUGUGCUGAAGGCAGCUAUUGAUGAAGUGACCUGUUGGAUAUCUGCGGCAGAGGAAGAGGAGACUAUGAUUCUGCAGGAUCUGAGUGGCUAUCAGAUGCUUGAAGUUCAGCUGCUUCUGAGACAGGCUCUCCAAAACGUUUGGACACAGCCUCUUGGAGACAAGAAGGUGAUAGUGAAAAAAGUGAGUCCACAGCAUCGUCACCUUCUGGAGAACUCUGCUGAUGACUGCUGCCAGAAGGAGCAAAUUCUCCUGUCUGCCCGGGGCUUCACCAACCUCUUCCAGACACUUGUUAAUGCCAAGAAGCCCCUGGUGGGACACAACAUGCUUAUGGACCUUAUGCAUCUUCAUGACAAGUUCUACAAGCCUCUUCCAGAAAGCUAUGAGGAGUUUAAAAGGAACAUUCAUAACCUGUUUCCUGUCCUCAUAGAUACCAAGGCACUAACAAAAUCCGUCUGGAAGAAGUGUAAAUUUCCUCGAGUAUCUAAUCUUUUGGAGGUGUAUGAGGUUUUGUGCAGCAGCAGCCUAAAUCCUGAAGAUGCCACGUGCCCAGUGAUAGCUCUUGCAAGUGAAUGCUCAAUAUAUGCUGAGAAGAAAUCUCCUCAUGAGGCAGGCUAUGAUGCGUUUCUCUGUGGUGGAGUUCUUCUGAAGUUGGCUCAUUUGCUACUGUGCAGAUCCACAGAUGAUGCAGCGAAGGCCGAUCCUGCUUUCUCUCAGUAUCUCACCAUGUUAGAUGAGUAUCUGAACAAAGUGAAUUUCAUCCGAGGUGGCGUUUCAAGCAUUGAUUUUUCUGGGGAAGAUGCUCCCUGCCGGCAUCCCCCUAUCUUGGUUGUCCAUGUCCAAGGCUGGCUGGGGCUGAAUGAAAGGCAAAUUCACCAAGAGUUUAAAGCUCUUUGUCGCUUUGAUGUCAGACAGCUUUCCAAAAACCAGUUCAUUCUGCUCUCCAAUAAAUUUAAGCACGUGAGGCUUGUCCUGCGAGAUUAUAAGCACCACCCUCACCUGCGGGUUUCCAUCUAUCGCCACUGGAGGCACUCUCCACGCGUCAGCUGCCUGCUGCAAGUCUCUGGUAUUGCGGCACUGUGGUCUCUCGUGGCCUUUGUACUUGGAGGAGCUCCUUGUUCUUCAUCCUAA